AUGGUCGAAAUUUAUUCUGACGUCGCGUGCGAGUGCAUGUACAUGAAUGAACAACAAAUGGCAUUGGCAAAAGGAAGAAAAAGGGAGAAGGGGGAAAAGGGAGGAUGUGAAGAAGCACUGCUUGACACGCUCGCCGACAUAUUAAAUAACGCGACAGCUGCGGAAUACGCGGCACCGAUACCUCAUACCGGCCCGGAUGAAAUUAUUCAUGUCUUAUUGAUUACGUUAUUUUGCUUACAUAACCGUCUUUUUUUAGGUACAAGUACAGAAAAUUCAUUAUUGCUGUGGCCAACGAGAGAAACAUUCCAAGGAGCACAAUGUCGGGCGACAUCGAUUCAUCACUCAAGCACCGACAAAAAUAACCAGCCAGAGGGAUCACCGAUCGAGCGGAGCAACGGGCGCCCGAGGAAAAAUGGUUACCGGCAUGCCCUAGUCCAGGUCAAGAUGGAACCUCUCCCGCCGAGAGAAAGAGAGCGAGAUGGAGAGCAAAAUACAAGACUGCGAGAGGAUCGAGAAAGAGGUGGGGAGGGGGAGGGAGAGAGAAUGAGGGAGACGGACGGAGUGAGCAAGACGAAGAAACAGAAUACGUUCUCUUGGCACUGCGGCAAGGCGGAUGCUGUAGGGACGUGAGAUUCUUGGCAACCGGGCGGAGUUGCCUGCUAACUCCGUACCACCAUAAGGAUCGCGGUCGUUGGAUGUUUAUAUUCGUGAUAGUGCCUCUCUCUGUCCCCAAAUAACCGGCCGAAUGGCGACCAAUUUUCGUGCCGGUACGACAUAUUGGGCGCCUCCGAAUAGCGACUCCGAAUAGCGGGCGGCGAAGGCACCGCUCGUUGAGAGAAAGAAAUAUGGUCGCGAUGCGGCGGCGAAGGCACGGUUUGUACCUCGCCGGCUAUGAUCCGCGCCGGUACGGGCUAAUAUCUCUGAGAUGCCCGAAGAAUUGUCGCGGCGCGCCUUAAUCACCAGAGUGGUAGAGAUUUUACGGCCGUUUCUGUCCGGCUUACCACCCGAUGUCGCGGAAAAUGCGGGCUGCGAAGUGAGUAAGUUAGCAUGCCGAGUUCUCCACUCUUUUUCUAUCUUUUUCUCUUCCUCUCCACCACGUCGCGAUGCUCGCGACCGCGAGAAUUUAUCGCGCAAUUUCCGCAGGGCUAGUGCCAACUAUCAUCCCUCCCGCAAUCAUUCCCGCCGUAGGGCCCGCUCUCAUAAAGAUUCGUUAAAGUUAACUAGGGCUUAACUGAUCUCCCGCCUCUCUCCCCGGUUCUGUCUCUAAAAACAGUCGUCGAGACGACUGUUAAGGUCCGUUAGCUUUAACUAAUAUUUAUGAAGACGACGCGUACGAAAGUGUUCGAUUUCUCUUUCAUACGGACGACUGAUGCGCUGCGGAAAGUAGCGUAAAAGCGACGGCGCAAAUCGAUCAAAAAUGCGCCCCCUCGCAAUCGCGAAAUUAUAGAAUAUUAACAAACUGUAUAAUCGCAUACAUGCGCAGGAAAAUUUAUUUGAAA